AAAUAAAUUUCCUUUACAGAUAUAAAAAACACAAGGAGCAAGCGAUACAACAGUACGGCACGUUGAGCCUGAGUAUGCCUCCACCACGGCCGCCGUCGGGCUACGAGUCCAGUGAAGAUGAACCGGCGCCGAGAUAUGAGACACAGGUUCUAAACAUGGCGGUGGAUGACGCUGACCUGCAAUUGGACUUCAGUCCAAACAACCACGCGUUCAACAUACACAGCGUCCAAUACUUGUCUAAAGACAACGGUGAACGAAGUCCCACCCUAUCAGAAACGGCGACAACCGCCCGCGCAUCAAGCGUCAAUGAAAAUGGCACACUGAACAACCUACACCACAGCCAAAUGUUCGACCCUAUCGCGAACAACGCAUCCAUUGCGCGGAACACACAAACUCUCAACCGGCGGAUGCCCAACACACAAGCGCUGAACAACGCACUCGGGACGUUACCGCGAGUGAACAAUAAUAACGUUGGUGGAGGACUAUUAGCCGCAACGUUAGGAAGAAAGAUCAACGGGAAUAAUCAUAAAAAGAAAACGCAGCCUAUUAUGGCGUAUGAUGAAAUUCCUGGUAUGCAGAGAGCAUCGGAUAAUGACAACGUGACAUUUGGUAAAAGGAAUUUUACAGGAUACGGAUAUGACCAACACGUGGAAACCACCACGGAGCUAUAGCAACUACAACUAUACUAGUGUGAAGUGUGAACAUAGUGCACGAUGUGAUACCGUCCGCGGACAUUACUUAUCAUAAUAAAAUGUGUUCAACGAAUUGUCUAUGGUUGACGGACUGAAAUAAGCAAGCGUUAGUUGGCACUUGGGGUUGAGUACUUGAUCACUUUAUCCGAUUUGAAAAAGGAGGUUGCUCUCUUCUUUCUUUAAAAAAACUUUUGUUAAGAACUGUCAUUUACACCAAUUACAAAAAGAAAUGAAAGAGCCAGCGCGAUGGAAUAAAGCUUGAAUUAGUAAGAAGCCCACGCCCAACUGUGGGACCAUACAUCAUACGGAGCUGUUAAAA